AUGGCUGUAUCACAAGGUUGGACUCUACGACAGUUAGAUGUCCACAACGCUUUCCUAAACGGGAAUCUUGCCGAAACAGUAUACAUGCGACAGCCAUCGGGAUACGAGGACCCAACACAUCCUGAUUAUGUGUGUCUUCUACAGCGGUCUUUAUACGGGCUUAAGCAGGCACCACGGGCCUGGUUUAAGCGCCUCCAUGAUUUUCUACUUACUACAGGCUUUUCAGCCUCCAAAACUGAUGUCUCACUUUUUUAUUACACAGCACAGGACUCGCGUGUUUUUCUUUUGGUGUACGUUGAUGACAUCAUCAUGAUGGCAAAUGACACCGCCUUACUGACCACUCUGCUUACUCGUCUGUCCGCGGCAUUCAAAAUCCGGGAUCUGGGACAGCCCGGGUUCUUCCUUGGAAUUCAGACACUGUCAGUUGAAGGGGGUUUACAUUUGUCUCAGCGGCGCUAUAUGGAGGAUAUUUUGACUCGUGCGGGUAUGUCUGACUGCAAGCCCCUAUCUACCCCUGCAUCUCUAUCAUAUUCUGCUGCUCCCUCUUCGGAGUUAUAUGAAAAUCCCACACAGUAUCGUCGGCUAGCUGGUGCUCUACAGUACUUGACGAUUACUCGCCCGGAUCUGUCUUAUGCAGUCAACCGGUUGUGUCAAUAUAUGCAUGCUCCUACGGAUGAUCACUGGGGUCUGCUAAAACGGAAAUCAACCAGUGGCUAUGCGGUUUUUCUAGGGCCUAAUCUGGUUUCCUGGGUAUCUCGUAAGCAGCGUACGGUGGCCCGGUCUUCGACUGAGGCAGAGUACAAGGGGCUUGCUGAUGUGGCAGCUGAGGUUACUUAG